AUGUCUCUCUCGCUCUCGCGUGUAGCUUCUUCCAGAUUCAUCUGUCAUGCUUGUCGUCGGGCUGCUGCCCAAAGUGCCAAACCGAAUGCGCUGUUGGCACAUGGCUCCAUCAAUUUGUCAACAACAUCAUCCAGACUAUCAAGAAGCGGAUUCAGCACCAUUGUAGCAAAGUGGACCGAUCAGCAGCAUGAUCCCCCAGUCGACGCCUCCCAUAUUGCAUCCUUAGACAACCAAGUCAAGGCUACAACACCAAAUCAUGGACCAAAGCCCUUGGAACCCUCACAACAGACGACAUCGCCUACUGCUGUGCCGCAAGCCACUUCUAUUCCAUGGUAUUUGCGAACUCAAGUGUCUGUGCCAUCGCCUAUACAGCCUGCCCAGAUCCCCGAUCUUCCAGCCAACCCACCACCGCUGCUCGAGACCCUCCUUAAAUAUAUAUCAGUUACGGCGGGCCUCGAUGACCUAUCACUACUUGAUUUGCGACAUCUAGACCCUCCACCUGCAUUGGGGCCAAAACUGAUCAUGAUUAUCGGCACUGCACGCUCAGAAAAACACCUCCAUGUGGCUGCCGACAGAUUCUGUCGAUUUUUACGAAGAGACCAUGGCUUGGAAGCGAAUGCAGCUGGUCUCUUGGGUCGCAACGAGCUCAAGAUUAAGCUGAGACGAAAAGCCAAGCGCAUGAGGAUGCUGGCCAACGUUGGGGGAGCAACGCCUGAGGGCAACAUCGACGAUGGCAUCCGCACAGGAUGGAUUUGCUGCACGCUGGGAAAGAUUGAAGCGCACCCAGAAGAUUCAAAGAUGCCGGGUGACGAUGUCUCACACUUCAUUGGCUUCAGGGACGUUAGGCCGGGUGUCAAUAUUGUGGUGCAAAUGUUCACCGAGGAGAAGAGGGUUGAGACAGAUCUGGAGACACUAUGGGGUGGCGUACUCAGGACACAUCAAAGGCGAGGCAAGACCGCCGAUGAAGCUUUGCGGGACCUGGAGCAGGACCUCGAUGACCUCGAAAAGGAAGCCGACGAGUCCUAUGAGGAUCUGUCGCCCAGUUCGCCGUCACAACGGCCGACAGAUGUGCAAAAACGGUCCAUUCCUUCAUCUCCACGGCCGUCACCGGCUACAGAAUUGAACCGACCGCAGCCAUCCCCUGGUCAUGUAUUUCCAUCGACUUCUGAUAGCGUCUCGAGCAAUCAGCUUCGCAAACUGCACGUGAAGGCCUGA